GUGCAAGUUGCAAUGAGCCUGCUCGAUGGUGAUGCCCGCGCCUGGGCCACUCCAUACUUCGCCCAACUCGCAUCGGUGCAGAUGGGUGUGCAAGGGGUCACAACCCCCUUCAGGAACGAAGCAGCCUUCACUGCCGCCUUCAAGGCUCGUUUUGGCAAUCUUGACGAUGAGGCGGCGGCACAAGUAGAGUUGGCAAAACUCUGCACGGACAAGUUGGUCCGUGAAAAAUGCACUGCUGCGGAGUUUUCUGCACUGUUCAAGGGUCCGGCGGACCGUUCCGGGUAUGGGGACCUGGAACUACGUGACAAGUACCUGAGCGGCAUCCCCUCCCAUGUCUCCCGAAAGAUUGAGCUUGAGACCUUCACCACGUGGCAAGAAGCUGAGAAGCGCGCCACUGAGGUCGAGCAGAUUCUCGACAUCAGCCGGGCCCGUCGGCCUGAGCUGAACAACUUCUUCUCAGCUUGGGGUCGAGGACGUGGAGGGGCACUGGCACGUGGUGGUGCACCCUUGUCACACGCAGCUUCGGCCAGCAUCAAUGCGGCCGUUGGAAAAGGAGACUUCCCUGGUAGUUGUUUUGGCUGCGGGAAGCAAGGGUACUGUCAUUUCGAGUGCCCCAAUUGUAAGGACAAGCCUUACACAAAAUGCGCCGACGCGCGGGCUACGGUUGCCUUGGGAUCCACCCAGGCGGCGACAAGCGCCCCCGUCGCUUCA